CGACCCAAAGUUAGCUUCAGCGUCUCAGCAGCAUGACUUGACGCACGUGUGCGAGGAUCGACACACGUGACGUUGAAUGUAACAGCAGGUGACUGUAGCAUCAUGAUGCUGUUGCUCUGGCACUCGCAAGUGACUAAGCACUGACUGCUACACCACAAUCCGCCAGACCUAUAAUGACAACGUGGGAACAGCUCGCAAAGCAGACGACAGUCGUCGACGACAAUAGCGAUGUCAUAGUGCCACGAGAUGAGGUUCACGCGUUCUGCAUGAGAUGCCUGCAGAAGGUGGGCGCCGUCACAGAGCACGCCGAGGCAAUGGCCGAGCUCAUCGUGGCGGCUGACUACCGGGGCCAUUACAGCCAUGGACUCAACAGGCUGGGUUUUUAUAUUGAAGACCUCCGCAGUGGACAAGUCAUCUCUAAACCUGAAGUGCACCCAACGAUUGUGAAGGAAACAGUGGCUACUGCUUUGGUAGACGGCAACAACCUCAUGGGUCCCGUGGUGGGCACCUUCGCCAUGGAUCUCGCCAUACGCAAGGCCAAGCAUGCCGGCAUUGGGUGGGUCAGUGUCAAAGGAUCGAACCACUUCGGUAUCGCUGGUUGGUACAGCAUGAGGGCCGUGGAACAAGAGCUCAUAGGAAUGGCUUUCACAAAUACAUCGCCAUGCCUGGUUCCAACACGCGCCAGACAGAAAGCACUUGGGACAAAUCCAAUCUCGGUUGCGGCCCCUGCUAAGGAUGGCGACAGCUUCGUCUUGGACAUGGCGACGACUGUGGCGGCGAUAGGAAAGGUGGAAAUGAAGCACACACUUCAGCAACCACUUCCGGCUGGCUGGUCAUUGGACAGUGACGGCAGACCAACAGAGGACAUAGACAAAGCUAUGGCUAGCUUGGCAUUAUACCCGUUAGGGGGCACUGAAGAAACAAGUGGCUACAAAGGUUAUGGGCUGGCCAUGAUGGUGGAGGUUUUCUGCACCAUCCUCAGUGGCGCCACCGUCAGCCCCUUCACUCAAGGCUGGUCUGACAAGAUGCGUUCUAGGGAGGCAAACCGCGGACAUUGUUUCGUGGCCCUGGACCCACAAGUGUUUGCUCCAGGGUUCACUGACCGCUUGAGCGAGCUGUUGAACCACUGCCGCAACCUCCCGCCGGCAGAGGGAGAGAGCCAGGUGUUAGUCCCAGGUGACCCCGAGCGACAACACAUGAAACACUGCGACGCCAUUGGCGGAAUCCCCUACAAACAAAACCAGAUUAAACUUGUGAAUAACCUGGCCGAGAAGAACGGAGUGGAGGCCCUGGGACGACUGUCGAGAUAAACGUUUGUCACUAAUGGUCAGUUAAACGCCGGCAGCACUUUAAUAUUCUUUUUGUGAUUUAAAAACAGAAUUUUAGUAUUGUGUAAACAGAAAUAAAUUGCUGACAUUCCAAUUUCACCUCUGUAUUAGUAUUUGUUCCUGUCUGCGAAAGGUUUCUCCAAUCGCAAAGAAUAUUUUGCAAUUCACGGAAGAAAACUCCAAAUAACUUGCGUGAAGAAAAUUUGCCAACGGGAUCUGAAAACAAGUUCUCAUCACGUGAUAUUUUACAGUAAACAGGACAUAUAAAU